CCACGCUCCCACCACCCCCUCACCCUCCCCCUCCCCCUCCCCCUCCCACUGCUGCAGGAGCAGCAGAGGGGGGGGGGGGCAAACAGAGGAGGAUGGGGCCGUAGGGCCAGGGGACCACACAUCACCCAUCACCCCCACACCCGCCACCCCCAGUCCCUCCCCAGGCUCCCCACAGUCUCACACCCACCCUGCAGAGUACCUGGAUCGAACCACGCUGCUGGCCUUCACCUUCACCAGCAAGGACUCCGCCUUUGGGGCAUCCCUGGAAGGAUAUGCCGUGGCACUCGACAAAGAUGUGUGCAAGGCGCCGUGUGGGCAGAGUGUGGAGCAGCCCAAGGUGGUGCCGGCGCUGCCCUUCUAUUACGAGGAUGACAGCACGCACUACCGUGACCUGUACAACGCCAAGCUUGACAAGUGCCAUGACACGGGGCCUGAUGUGGUCUUCCAAUACACGCCACCCCAGAACAUGGUGCUCUCGCACAUGGUGAGUGAGGUGCUCUCGCACAUGGUGAGUGAGGUGCUCUCGCACAUGGUGGUGUCAGUGGACCUGUGCAGCCUUACCGAGUUUGACUCGGUCCUCAGCGCAUACGAGCGCACCAAGCCCGGAGCUAAGCCGAUGGUGGACGGGUGGGGAGGCACAGGGGGCAAGUUCGCAAUCAACAUGGUUGUCACCAAGGUGCUCAAGGCCCUCGACGCCAAGGCACCCCGUAACAAGGCGUUCCAGCCCAUCCGCUCCAAGGCAGUUAGCGCAAAUGCGCUCGCCUCUCUGCGAUCCAUGCCUGUGCCACCACA